AGGAAAUUACGGGUGGAAAAAAAAAGCUCAGAGGCAUGUCCUCAAUGUCGUCGUUAUGUAGAGCGCAACUGAACGCUCGCUUUUGCAGCAGAACACUGGCUACCCAUGCUCCUUCAACUUCCCCUCCUCCAGUCCUCAAUUACACCAAUACCAAAACUUUCAAGCCAAUAAUCGGAACUUCUAUCCUCCUUAACCGCUCACCUAUCCUCACCCGCUCACCGACACCCUUUGAACGCGCUUAUUAUUCCUACCAAGCGCGUAUACGCCGUGCUUUGCACAAUCCGUUCCCAUAUGACUUUUACUUCAAGCAAGGCUCUAUAUUAGAAACUCGGUUCAACAUAGAGGAACGUAAGCGCGAGAAGAUAGCCUUUGGUCCGACAUUUGGUGUAGAAGAUGAAUUAGACAGGGAGAAGGCAGCAGCUAAUCAAGCGGCGGCGGAGCAACUGGCUGAGCAGGAAGGAGAGAAUGAGGAGAUGAUGCCUAGGGUUCACCCGUCUGAUACAGCGCGCGAUACAAAGAGUUUGGACCGUAAAGGCAGACGAAACGUCUGGCUCUUACUACAGGAUCAUAACGAUUUAUGGCGUUUCCCUCAAGGUAACAUCGUCAAGGGCGAACUUUUACAUCAAGCUGCACACAGAGACAUGUUUGCGCAAUGUGGAGAGCGUAUCGAUGCGUGGAUUGUGAGUCGUAGUCCGAUUGGGAUGUACAAACCCGAGCCCAAGUUGUCGGCGAAAGGAACACCGUUACCAGAGGAGGUGUCGUUCUUCUUCAAGGCUCACAUAAUGGCUGGUCAAGUGCACCCUGACAAGGAGAAAACAAAAGAUUUUGCCUGGCUCACCAAACAAGAGAUCGAACCUCUUGUGUCAAAACAUUACUGGGAAGGUGUCAAGGAUAUGCUUUCAGACUACUAACAUACAAUUGUGUAAUCCACCGCCAACGUAUUCUUUACUUCUUUCGACCCCAGGUGGUUCCAUACUAAGGGUUGAUUCACUCCAUCCUAAUACAUAGGUCACCCUGGUCGUGUGUAAGAUCGGUUCGACUGGGAAAC